AUGGAUAAUGCAAAGGAAAGUCUUUGUCAUCAAUAUUUACCUGAUAUUGCUGAACUUGUUCGUUUUUUACGACAAAACAAUAUGAAACAGACUGAAUUAUGCUUCCAUCGUGAAUAUCAUUCACUUGGUAAUAAAAUUUCAUUAACAAAUGAUAAUCAAUAUAUUCAUAAUUCAAUAAAUGUUAAUGAUUAUUUUGUUGUUUAUUCAUGUCUAUCAAAUUUUAUAUUUAAUUCUUCAUAUCAAAUAGAACUUAUACAAUGUUUAUUUCCAUUAUUUGUACAUUUUUAUUUAGAUUUAAUUGAACAUAAUUAUAUAAAUGAAUGUCAAUAUUUUUAUAAUCAAUUUAUUCAUUCAAAAUUUCAAUUAUUACAUGAAGAAUUUUUUUAUCAAUUAAAACUUAUUUCAAAAUCAUCUAAACAUUUUUAUCAAUGUCCAUUAACAAAUGCAUUUCGUACAAGUCGAUUUUUUUUACGUUUAUCAAUGACAAGUUGUAAUGAAUUAGAAAAUUUUAUUGAUUAUAUAAAAAAUUUAACUAAAUUAGAUUCAAAAUAUUAUUUAACAUCAUCACAAAUUUCAUUAUUUUUAUCUAUUUUUCAACAAUAUAUUAAAAUUGAUAUUAAUCAACAAUUAUUUAUUCCAUCAAAUAUUGUUCGUUUUCAAACUAUUGAACAACCUAUGACACCAAUCUUUGUUCAUACAAUAGUUGCUAAUACAAUACAAUUUACUCGAUUAUAUACUGGACUUUUUCCAUUGCAAUCAUUACCAGUUGAAUAUAAUCGAUCAUCAGUUCAAUGUCCUAAACGAGAAAUGUCAUUAUUAUAUCCACAAAUGAAUUAUAAUCGUCUUCCUAACAAUAUUGAUUUAAAUAAUAUACCUCGUCUUGGUCCUCAUAAAUUACCUUCAAUAUGUUUAUAUUCAUUAAAAAAUUCAAAACAAAUAAUCAAUUGUGUAACUUUAUCCAAUGAUUGUCGUCUCUUAGCUAUUGGUUUUCAAACAUCAGAAAUAUUAAUCUGUUCAUUAAAUCCAACUAAUAAACUUUAUUCAAUGAAAUCAGCAAAAGAACUUCAUCAUCUAUUUCCUCAUUCAAAUAAAAAUGAUAUUCUUGAUACAACAUCAUGUUUAAACAUAUCAAACGAACGUUUACUUAUUGGACAUACAGCCAGUAUAUUUUCAUUAGCAUUUGAACCAAAUAAACAACUAUAUUUAUUAUCUGGCUCACAAGAUUGUACAAUACGUUUAUGGCAUUUAUAUACUUGGUCAUGUCUUGUUGUAUAUAAAAUGCAUUUUCAACCUAUACUCAAUGUAACAUUUGCUUCAACUGGUUAUAUAUUUGCUUCAUGUAGUAUCGAUGGUCUUAUUUGUCUUUGGACACUUGAUAAAAUAAGUCCAUUUCGAAUCUAUCCUGAAUAUGGACAUAGUGGUCCAAUUAAUCUUGUUGAAUUUCAUCCAAAUUCAAAUUAUCUUGCUUCAACACAUAAUGAUCAUACCAUACAUUUAUGGAAUAUUUAUAAUGAAAAUUCACUUGUAAGAAUUUUUAAUGGUCAUCGUUAUCAAAUAAGUUCAAUUCGAUUUUCUCCUAAUGGACAUUUUCUUGCAUCAGGUUGUUGGAAUGGUGAAAUUAUUUUAUGGGAUAUUCAAAAUAAUAUACAAAUAUCACAUUUAUGUUUACAUAAACAAGCAAUAUCUUCAAUUGAAUUUAGUCCAUUAACAGGUAGUUUAUUAUUAAUAUCAAGUAUUGAUUCAAGUAUUUCAUUAUGGAAUUGUUUUAUGAUAACAAAAAUUUAUGAUGAAAAAUUAAUUGAUACAAUUAAUAUAAAUUCAUCAUCAAAUAAAAUACUUUUAAAUUUAUUUAAAACUAAAAAUACUUCAAUAUUUCAUAUAAAAUUUUCAAAAGAAAAUAUUCUUUAUGCAAUUGGUUUAAUUAAUGAAUAA